GUACUCAGAAUCCCCCAGUUAUUAACGAGAUUUUUUGUAGAGAGGAUGAGUUCGAACCUCAUAAUGAGGGAGCCUGGGAAGAAUACGAAAGUUAUUUUCCUAGUGGUUUACGUGUUUCAGACUCUAAGCCUACGCUUAAUUCUACAGUGGAAGGCAGUUAUAUUGCCCAGGUGGGUGACACAGAUGUUGAAGAUCAGCAGAAGCUGGAUAGCAAAGAGAGUUUCCCUGAUGCUUUUGAGGUACAGCACUGGGAGCUGCGCAAAAUAUCAAGUACUGUCAUCCCUGUGCUAAAUAUAUUGUACCUAGCGUCACCUAAAUCUGGAGAUGAAGAAACUGAUUGCAAAAGGAAGAAGAGGAAGAAGAGGAGGAGGAGGCGCUACUAUUGAUAAAAGCCUCCAGCGUCGCCCCAGCUCAAAAUAUCUUUUAUAAAUGGUGACCAUCAAUAGCUGGAGGCUGAUAAGUAUUAACCAAUUAUUAUAAAGACCCCAUGAUCCCAGAACCUACUUUUUCCACGACAUAGAAUCCAGGACAACAGCUUUAUCACCUGUUAAACCGCUGAAAGUGGAGUCAGGCAUUUCCCAAGCCUUCUGGAAAGAACUCACCGGCUUCAUCUGCUUGGGCUGCCCCACAGACCCAGUCACCAUAAGCUGUGGCCACAGCUUCUGCCGGGCCUGCCUCCACCUUUCCUGGAAAGACAUCAAAGUUACUGUCCAUUGCCCUAUGUGUAGGACACCAUGCCAGGAAAAGGACUCCAAAACCAACAUUUUCCUGAAGAAGGUGGUGUCCAUUGCCUUGCCAAACAAGCCUAGCUCUUAAAGUCCUUGAGCUUCAAGAGCAUGAGUACAUGACCCACAAGGAUAUCAAGCAGAUUUCCUGUGGGGAGAACAGGAUCUACCUCUGUGAACGCUGCUCUGUCUCCCAUGAGCACAGUGUUCACACACAGCCCUAUUGGAGCAGCUCCUGAGGAGUGAGUCAGUGCAGUUGAGCAUGCUCCAGAUUACAAAACCAGAACUCAGUGCCUUACCCAUCACCAAACUGGCACAAUAGUGCAACUGCUAACAAGUGCACAUUUUCUUUGAAGAUAUAAUCAUGCUUCAAUACAAGAUGAACUUUUGUCAUGUGAAGAGUCAGCUUCAACUUUACCAUUAGGACCCAUCUGUGGAUCCUAUUGGAUGCUAUGUGGCCUUCGGGACUGGAUCCUAUUGGAUGCUAUGUGGCCUUCGGGACUGGGCUGUACAAGUCUGUACAGAUUUCUGAUCCAGAAGGAGAAAACAGCCGGUUGAAUCUGAGGAUGUGUUUCUUCUCACAUCUUCUUCUCUAAUCAUUACAGUCUCCUCACCACAUGCCCCGUAAUCCAUCUCUACAUAGAGAAGCCACUGGGACACAAGGAGUUGGUGUGCUCCUUGAUUGUAGUGAUAGAUGGUGUUGCCCAGAGUUCCUGGAUAUACAAGUAUCCUCCUGGCACCUUAAAUUAUUCUGUCAAGCCUUUCUUCUCAACCAAAUACACAUAAUCACAGGAAAAUAUAAUCCUAAUCUUGUACUUAAGUGGUUUUUGUUAAGUAUGUGCUUUGUAUUGCUUUUAUUGCUAGUAAAUAAUAAAUACUAUUGAAUAUAAA